AUGGCGACCACGCUGCUCACAAGCACUUCCAAUACGUUGGGUGGUCGGCCUGGUCGCACGUCACUGCUCGAGAUUCGGGACCACGCUCGGUUGAUCGACCAUCAUGCUGCACACAUUUCGAGCACCAGAAACAGCACCAGUGCAUCCACCUACAGCAGCUCUUCGGCCCCACGUGCGCCUGCCGCCGGUAUCUGGACUUCUCCACCGCCUUCUCACAGUGUACCAGGAGGAGAAGUCAGCUCUGAUUGGACCAACCCUGAUGAGCUUGAAAAGUCGAAGACAAUUGCGAUCAAAAACGGAUCCAACUGGCCAGAGCAGCGUGGUACACCCGCUUACAGACCCAUUGAUACCCACCUCGAUCAUAGCCGCCGACCUUGGGCCAACACAGUACCUGAGACCCUCUUUACCAUCACCAUGAUUGGUCUUGGCGUUCAGGCUAUCGGUCUGGCUAACACGCUCUUCAGACGUACUGUCGGCAAGAUUGAGAGCGUCGAUCGACUCUUCCGUUACCAGGCACCUCACGAACUUUGA